AUGAUUGUCAUCCCAAUCCUCUAUAAGAUGAAACCUGACGAUGUUAGGAGACAGAAAGGAGUGUUCGGCAAUAGGUUUUGGAGACGCAGUGAAGAAUCCAGCGGUGAAGAGAUGGAGAAAUGGAAACUGGCUUUGAAGGCUGUGUCAAACAAGCAUGGCUUCACGUUGGACAACAAUAGGAGUACAAGAGAAGGGUUUUCCUUGGAGAGGAGGUACAACUUGGAGAACAAGCUAGAACAUUCUAGAAUAUGGGCCGAUAAUGGGCUUCCAUAUAAACUAAUCAUAACACUCCCUUGGAAGUCCAUUAUCUAA